ACUACAUUCUCCGAUGGAUAUGCUGCGUUUCCUUUUCGGCUGCUUGCUGGCGGUCGUCGCUUUGGCCAGGAUAGAUUACGUCUUGGCCGAGGACAUCAAGAUAGAUGUGGAUAAGCUAAAAAAGCUGGUGACGCCUUCCCCUCUCCAUACACGUGUCGUCGGCGGCUCAGUGACCACGAAUGCGAAACUGGGAGGCUACAUAAUACAACUAUACUACAUGGGAGACUUCAUCUGUGGCGGCACUUUAAUCCAUGAACUUAUAGUCCUGACGGCAGCCCACUGUUUUAUGGGCCGUCCGCAUAUCGAAGAUUGGAUGGCUGUCGGCGGCGUUUCCACGCUUUACGAAGAGGGGGAGAGCCGUGAUAUAAGGGAGAUUCUCCAACCGGCUACGUUUAACAGCCCUGCAAUGCACAUGGAUGUUGCGUUGCUAAAAAUGGUGACGCCAAUGAAAGGGAAAGAUAUCAAGACGCUCGCGCUGUGCACAAAGCCCUUGAAGACUGGCACUGUGCUGACUGUUUCCGGAUGGGGUAUGACCCAUGCAGAGCAGAUUGGACCGCAGAAGCUGCUGCGCACGGUUAAUGUGCCUGUUAUCGACAAGAGGACAUGUCGCGCUGCUUAUAGGACAGCAACAAACUUAUCAGAUACCAUGUUCUGUGCUGGAGUGCUGGGCAAACAGGAUGCGUGCAUCUUCGAUUCUGGAGGUCCGAUAGUGCGCAACAAGGAGGUCUGCGGUAUAGUAUCCUUUGGUGUCGGUUGCGCCGGCGUCCAUUAUCCUGGCGUCUACACGGAUGUCACAUACGUGAAGCCUUUCAUAGAGAAUAGCAUGAAGGUGCUUCUUGAAAAAUAAAGAAAUUUACUUGACAUUGCCAAUUGACGGUGUCGCAAUUA